AUGCCUUUGAACCUCGCACCAGAAUGGCUUGCCCUGGAAGAGACCCUGGGGUUUCGGCCGUUGGUCACGGGCAACACCAUCGAGCAAAUAAGAGAGAAUAUCUCGAACAUGACAAAGAACGCGCCUUUGCCAAAGGACAAACCAGGUCUUAACAUUGCGCAUGAACUGAGAGUUUUCCGAGACGGCGGUGGUUUCUGUGUUGGAGAUCUAGAGGCCGACCACGAACUUAUCCAAAAACUGUGUCUGCAUGCCCAGGUUCCCUUCGUGUCUGUCGAGUAUCGGCUCGCGCCUGAACAUCCGUGGCCUGCAUCGCUGGAGGAUUGUGUCGCUGCUGGAAAAUGGGCUAUCUCCCAUUUCUCAAACUCGUCAGCCAGUCACAACCCAGUUCCAGAACUGCUCCUCUGUGGCGUCUCUGCAGGAGCCCAACUAGCCUUGUCCUCGGCCAUUGCUCUACGUUCGCAAAAUGUCUCCAUCCGCGGCAUCAUUUCUCUAGCUCCUGUGGUAGUUGCUGAGAAGGCGGUGCCUCCCGAUAUGCUACAUUCCUACAAGUCGAUGGAGGAAAACAAAGAUGGUGCGAUUAUCGACAAGGCUGUUUUGGACAUUUUCAUGGACUGCCAUUAUCCUGAUGCUGACACCAAUGGCAACGGCAACGGCGUCACUAGAGGAGCGAUGCAUGGCAAGGACAUUGAAGGGAUGGUGCCGGCAUCACAACUAGCAGAAAUCACCACGCGGCUCGACACGAUCGAACAACUCCUAAAGAGCCUCAGCGAGAAGAUGGAAUCCGAACCUGACCGACUUCUCGAUUCUCACAGCGGAAAGGCCAUGUCAGAGUCAUCUCGAACUGGAAAUAGUCAGGUCGAGUCCUCUAGCAGGAUCUCUACAACAGGGACAUAUACAGGCCUUGCGGCCAACGGCAAUGGUUCCACAAGUUCGACUUUGACUGGUGCCAUGGAAAGCACCGCUGGACAGACAGAUUUCCUCAGGCUGGCGCCGCUGCCUGUUCUUCUGGAGACAGUCGACAUCUACUUUACCUUCUGCCACAAUCAGCCCUAUUCUUUUUUCCACGAGGGCAAUUUCCGAGAUCGUUUGUCGAGAGGCGAGAUUCCCGACCACCUGCUCUUUGCCGUGUUUUCAAACGCUAUCCGAUUCUCUGGGAAUUCUUUCUUCGAGCAUACCAAGGAACAAGCAGCCACGACCCAUGCCAAUCGCUCAUGGAAUCUAAUCGUCGAGACAUGCUUUGCUGCAAACCAAAAGGCGGACAUUCGGACAGUGCAGACAAUCACGCUGCUUGCAAUAUUUGAUUUUACCGCUGGACCAAGUCGACAUGGCGCUGCAUGGGUCAAAAUUGGCAUGGCAGUGCGCAUUGCUCAAGACUUGCGCUUCAUGAUCGAGCCAGGUAACCACAUACCUUUUGACGAAGCCGAAGAACGUCGAAGAACCUUCUGGUCGCUAUAUCUCUUGGAUCGCCUGGUGUCGUGUGGCCGGGGACGCCCCCCCGCGAUAUUGAAUGCUUCUUGUCAGUUACAGCUCCCCGUUGACGAGGCGACGUGGAGGGACAGACAAUGGAAAGAGACGUCGAAGCUUGAGCAAUUGUCCAACGGCGCGCACUCGAACCCUGCGCAGCACAGCCCGUUCGCUCAUGUUAUCCUGAUAGCAUACAUUCUCGGACGCGCCGCCCAGUACAUGCUGCAGGAGUUUGGCGUCAACCGACACCCACCCUGGGACUCCAGCUCCGAGUUUGCCGCCAUCGGCUCUGAUCUUUCGUAUCUGGAGACGCAGAUGGAAAUGCACAAGCCCCUGGAGGCUAUGCUCGGACCAUCUCGCAAUUCUGCUGGUGUCGUGGAUCAGGCGAACGCCGGGCCCAUAGUCUUUGCCCGAGCAUUGUUCCACCUGUGUAAUUGCCUGCUGAACCAUCCAUUCCUGCUGAGACGCAAGAUUGCAUCAUGUAACAGGGUCGCCUCUGGCCGAUUCCUGUCCCGGGCGUUCGAGUCCGGCUUGGACUCGGCCAAGGGUUUGAUCGGACUGUUGCAGGACGCACGCAAGGCCGGCUGCAUCUCGCACACAUCGUUCUACGGCUACUGUGCCAUCAUUUCUGGUACGAUAUUCAUCAUGAAUGCCCAUGCGGCUACAGGCGACGUCCAAGUGCGUUGUUUUGAACUGCUUCAGGAAACGACGUCAUUCAUCGAAGACAUCAGUCGUUACUGGCAGAACGUCGCCACAAUGGCCCUCGCACUUGACGUGUUUGCGGCACAGACGUACCUAUUAAGCGAACUUGCGAGCGACAAGCCCGAGAUUCAGAUUCUCUCGCCCGCCGACACGGAGAUGCUGUGGUCUUUGGUCGACUAUAGUACGCUAUCCAACGGCAACAUCGCGCAACAGACGGCCAACGAGAGCCCAGACGACAGUUUCUGGUUCAACAACAACUCGUCAUGGUACGACCUGUUCAGCAGUCCCAGCGUUGCCCAGCUGGGGUUUGUAUCUCAGAGCGACCCGGUGGCUUUUACAACAGUCCCGGGCACCGACACCAGCACGACGGAAGACAACAGGUUCAAUGCAACUCAAACGACAGAUCAAUGCUGA